AUUUGUAAUACAAUAAUUUUUAACAAUACACUGAACUGUAAUAUACUGAGGUGUGAUGAUACAAUAAGCUGUAAUAAUACACUAAGUUGUAAGGAUACAACAAGCUGAAAUGCUUAUAGUUUGUAGAAUGUCCCUUUAGUAAUAUAAUAAGUUGUAAGGAUACAAUAAGCUGUAAUAAUACAAUGAGCCAUACGGCCUAUAGCGUGUAGAAUGUCCCUUCAGUAAUAUAAUAAGUUGUAAUAAUACAAUGAGCUGUAAUGCCUAUAGUGUGUAGAAUGUCCCUUCAGUAAUAUAAUAAGUUGUAAUAAUACAAUGAGCUGUAAUGCCUAUAGUGUGUAGAAUGUCCCUUUAGUAAUAUAAUAAGUUGUAAGGAUACAAUAAGCUGUAAUAAUACAAUGAGCCGUACGGCCUAUAGUGUGUAGAAUGUCCCUUCAGUAAUAUAAUAAGUUGUAAUAAUACAAUGAGCUGUAAUGCCUAUAGUGUGUAGAAUGUCCCUUUAGUAAUAUAAUAAGUUGUAAGGAUACAAUAAGCUGUAAUAAUACAAUGAGCCGUACGGCCUAUAGCGUGUAGAAUGUCCCUUCAGUAAUAUAAUAAGUUGUAAUAAUACAAUGAGCUGUAAUGCCUAUAGUGUGUAGAAUGUCCCUUUAGUAAUAUAAUAAGUUGUAAGGAUACAAUAAGCUGUAAUAAUACAAUGAGCCGUACGGCCUAUAGCGUGUAGAAUGUCCCUUCAGUAAUACAAUAAGCUGUAAUAAUACAAUGAGCCGUAAUGUCUAUAGUGUGUAGAAUGUCCCUUCAGUAAUACAAUAAGUUGUAAUAAUACAAUGAGCUGUAAUGCCUAUAGUGUGUAGAAUGUCCCUUUAGUAAUAUAAUAAGUUGUAAGGAUACAAUAAGCUGUAAUAAUACAAUGAGCCGUAAUGUCUAUAGUGUGUAGAAUGUCCCUUCAGUAAUAUAAUAAGUUGUAAUAAUACAAUGAGCUGUAAUGUCUAUAGUGUGUAGAAUGUCCCUUCAGUAAUAUAAUAAGUUGUAAUAAUACAAUGAGCUGUAAUGCCUAUAGUGUGUAGAAUGUCCCUUCAGUAAUAUAAUAAGUUGUAAUAAUACAAUGAGCUGUAAUGCCUAUAGUGUGUAGAAUGUCCCUUCAGUAAUAUAAUAAGUUGUAAUAAUACAAUGAGCUGUAAUGCCUAUAGUGUGUAGAAUGUCCCUUCAGUAAUAUAAUAAGUUGUAAUAAUACAAUGAGCUGUAAUGUCUAUAGUGUGUAGAAUGUCCCUUCAGUAAUAUAAUAAGUUGUAAUAAUACAAUGAGCUGUAAUGUCUAUAGUGUGUAGAAUGUCCCUUCAGUAAUAUAAUAAGUUGUAAUAAUACAAUGAGCUGUAAUGCCUAUAGUGUGUAGAAUGUCCCUUUAGUAAUAUAAUAAGUUGUAAGGAUACAAUAAGUUGUAAUAAUACAAUGAGCCGUAAUGUCUAUAGUGUGUAGAAUGUCCCUUCAGUAAUAUAAUAAGCUGUAAUAAUACAAUGAGCCGUAAUGUCUAUAGUGUGUAGAAUGUCCCUUCAGUAAUAUAAGUUGUAAUAAUACAAUGAGCUGUAAUGCCUAUAGUGUGUAGAAUGUCCCUUCAGUAAUAUAAUAAGUUGUAAUAAUACAAUGAGCUGUAAUGUCUAUAGUGUGUAGAAUGUCCCUUCAGUAAUAUAAUAAGUUGUAAUAAUACAAUGAGCUGUAAUGCCUAUAGUGUGUAGAAUGUCCCUUUAGUAAUAUAAUAAGUUGUAAUAAUACAAUGAGCUGUAAUAAUACAAUGAGACGUAAUGUCUAUAGUGUGUAGAAUGUCCCUUCAGUAAUAUAAUAAGUUGUAAUAAUACAAUGAGCUGUAAUGCCUAUAGUGUGUAGAAUGUCCUUUUUAGUAAAAGGAAAAUAUAAACUCUGUUUUAACAAACUGUAUAUUAGUGCUGCAAUUCCUCUGUAAUAUUCUGUUACUAUAUAGCGCUCUCUAGUGGUGAGAAACGCAAACACAUUUCAGUUUUAUUUAGCAGUUCUUGUGACGCUCCCUUAUCCAGAGUGCUUUACAAUGUGUGGUAAUUGUACAAACAGAGACAUAUUCAGACACACUGGAACACAUUGUCUGAUCUGGUUACAAUGUGAUCAUCUUUCUGUGUUCCAGCCUCGUGGCCGGUUUACGUCCAGCUAACCAAUGGAAAUACUUAUGGCUGCGACUUUCUAGUCAGUGCCACAGGAGUGGUUCCUAAUAUCGAGCCCUUCAUCUGCGGUAACAAUGUGAGCCUUUCUGCAUUUACGGUUUUUAUUUCAUACUUUUCUAUGAGCGGCAUUGACAGUGUGUCAUUAUGGAGGAGAGGUGCCUACAAUAAGUCUGUACUCCUGUGUAAUGUCAUCUCACUGACCUUGUGUCCAAUUCAUCUGCUUUACCUUAUAUGUUUUGGAUUUAUCCAUCUUUCCAUGAGCUCAUUCACAGGGGACAAUCCACACUCUGCUCAAAUCUUUCCAGUUUGAUUUAGGGGAAGACGGAGGUUUGAGGGUUAACGAGCACAUGCGUACAUCACUGCCAGACAUAUACGCGGCUGGCGACAUCUGCACGGCGUCCUGGAAGCGAAGCGCCUUGUGGCAGCAGGUAAUGCAGGAGGCGCUGUGACCGCAUGGUGUUAUUGGUGACAUAGUGAGAGUCUCCUGGAGGAACAUACAGUGCUAUGAGAGCAGCUUAGCGACACAUUCUAUCAUUCAUAAAUUAAUAUAAAAUAUAAAUUCAAACACUUCAGUUUGUUUAUUCCCAAUAUUAAAGAUAUCUCCUUUCUUCUAGGAAGCAAUGAUGCUAUAGUGACAGGUUUGCAGUAUGAUGAGUGUAGUUUAUGUUGCAACCAUUGGGGACCCAGUAAAAAAGAUGGGAGUCCCUCUGGCGUAGACUAAAUAAUAUACAGGGAGCGUCUGAAAGUCUAAAGGAGAAUUGUAAACAAUAAAUGGAGGAGAGUAUGUGAUGGUUAUAGAGUCGGUGUGUGAAUGGAGUGCUAGGACUGAUAAUGUAGGCUACAUUAAUAUUACUCUAUCAGAGAGUAUGUGAUAGUUAGAGAGUCGCUGUGUGAAUGGAGUGCUAGGACUGAUAAUAUAGGCUACAUUAAUAUUACUCAGAGAGUAUGUGAUAGUUAGAGAGUCGGUGUGUGAAUGGAGUGCUAGGACUGAUAAUAUAGGCUACAUUAAUAUUACUCUAUCAGAGAGUAUGUGAUAGUUAGAGAGUCGGUGUGUGAAUGGAGUGCUAGGACUGAUAAUGUAGGCUACAUUAAUAUUACUCUAUCAGAGUAUGUGAACGUUAAAGAGUCGGUGUGUGAAUGGAGUGCUAGGACUGAUAAUGUAGGCUACAUUAAUAUUACUCUAUCAGAGAGUAUGUGAUAGUUAUAGAGUCGGUGUGUGAAUGGAGUGCUAGAACUGAUGAUGUAGGCUACAUUAAUAUUACUCUUUCAGAUGAGAUUGUGGACUCAAGCCCGCCAGAUGGGAUGGUACGCUGCAAAGUGCAUUACUGCAGAUCUCCUGGGACAAGACAUUGAAAUGGAUUUCUGCUUUGAACUCUUUGCACACAUUACCAAAUUCUUUAAUUAUAAGGUGUGUACAUUGCUUACAUUGCAUGAUUGAUUUUAUUUUUUGGAUUUCUCUCUACGUACUUCAUUGCUUCCCUGUCAUAUCUCCACCUAUCGCACGUCCUGUCCGCCCCGUCUCCACCUAUAGCACGUCCUGUCCUCCCCAUCAACACCUAUAGCACGUCCUGUCCGCCCCGUCUCCACUUAUCGCAAAUCCAGUCCGCCCCGACUCCACUUAUCGCACCUCCUGUCCGCCCCGUCUCCACCUAUCGCACCUCCUGUCCGCCCCGUCUCCACCUAUCGCACCUCCUGUCCGCCCCGUCUCCAACCCUCGCACGUCCUGUCUGCUCCGUCUCCACCCCUCGCACGUCCUGUCCGCCCCACCUCCACCCCUCGCACGUCCUGUCCGCCCCACCUCCACCCCUCGCACGUCCUGUCUGCCCCAUAUCUAUUCGUCACAGACCACCUCCCAUUUAGAAAUAAUAGAAGCAGGCUACAUGCACUGUUCUGCUGUUACACACUGCAAUUUUUUUUUUUUUUUCUCCAGGUAAUCUUGUUGGGAAAAUACAACGCCCAAGGGCUCGGGACCGACCAUGAGCUGAUGCUGAGGUGCACAAAAGGCAUGGAGUAUGUAAAAGUAGUUAUGCAGAAUGGACGGAUGAUGGGUGCCGUAUUAAUUGGGGAAACGGAUUUGGAGGAAACCUUUGAAAACCUAAUUUUAAACCAAAUGGAUCUUUCACAAUAUGGAGAAAAUCUUCUGGAUCCAAACAUUGACAUAGAAGAUUAUUUUGAUUAAAACUUGAUAAAAGCUAAACCCAGGUCAGAGGAAGAGACGAUGCAAUGAUCUGUGUCUGGCUGUAAAUGCACAAAGACAGAACAUGCUGCUGGAAUAUUGGAAAUAUUAUUUUAUUCUGUAAAUAUAUCAUAUUUCUGUUAAAAUGAUGAUUUUCUGCAUUAAUUAUAAAGUAUGCAUGUCAGCAUGCUAUAAAGAUCUUCUGUUUAUCUAGGACAGGGGUGCCCAAAAGGUAGAUCACCAUGGGUCUAAAACUCCCAUGAUGCCUUGCCAGUCUAAAGGCAUGCAAAGCAUCAUGGGCGUUGUAAUUCUACAACAUCUGGGGAUCUACCUUUGGGCAUCUCUGAACUAGGAGGAGAUCGUGGAUACGGGGAGGUGUUGCACAGGAGCAUUCUGGGAAAAGAAACUGCAGUUUUCUGUGCUUAUAGUGGACAGCCAUGGGAGAUUCAGCUACAGAAACCAAAAUAAAGGUAAGAAAAUUCAUCCAGCAAAAUAGAACAUAAGACUCCAGGGAUACAAAGGGACAACGUUCUGCCUUGUUUAAUAAAUGGCAAAUAUAGAGGAAGGAACGGAAACCUAUCCUCUAAAAACUGGCAUUCCCAAAUUAUAUAAAACACCAAUAAACGUAUCAAAGCAAUAUCACUCCGUGCGAACAGAAAUAGUCCUAUCUGCCAGCAGUAACAUUCUUAUAAGGAAAUCAUGAUCGUAAUCAAACACAAACCUAGUAAUGUCUGUAGUGAGUAUUAGGUCCUAAUGGUUUGUUAGUAAUUGUAUUUAAUUAUGGAAUGCUAUCUAAUCUCAUAUACAGAGUGAUAGUAUUAACCUGCUGCUUCCAACAUCUCAGAUGGCCCCAGUAGACUGGAAAUGUUAGCCAAGUGACAGACAUAUUGAGCAUCUUUCUGCCCACGGGUAAAACUGGUCGUGGGCAUUCUGCACAAAGCCUGUGUGUUGUAGCCUUAUCUCCAGAUAUGGUGAAAUAUGGACAGCAGGAACCCAUUCACUGAAUCUUGGACGUUUAAUGUGUCCCCGAUCAAAAAAGACGCCGCUUUAUUAGGAAUAGUGGAACACUCCUCAUCUUCGGAAAAUGAAUCGAAUGAAACAUCUUCAACCAAACCAUAAUAAUCAUCAGAGUCUGAAUCAGACGAUUCACUGGAUGAAGUAUGAUAUGAAUCUGGUUUGCGUUGGAUGAUUUCCGUAUUCGCAGAGGGUUUGUGUGAUUUAGACACAUGUUUCUUUGAUUUUAUCUUGGUCCCUAUGUUUGAUAAGGCUUUUACUCUGUUUAGGAAGGCUUUCUUUUAUGGGUAGCUUUACCUGUUUUUAGAAACCUUUUGGCCAGGUUACGAGGGGACUCUCCGCUGACCAGAAGGUGCAGUGACAUCAGAAAUGUUUUCUCUGGUAAUAGUGUGGGAUAAAGUCAUAAACAUGGAUUUAGACGAGGAUUCUUGCAUUUGAAACCGUUUUAAUUGAUCCAAUGUAGAUUGUAAAUGAUCCUCACUUCACCUGCCUGCUCAGAAAGGGUGGGUCAGUAAUAGCCCUCUUAGCUUGUUCUUUAUUGGCCAUAAUAACUAAAUCAAGCAAUGAAUCUGAGAACAAACUGAAGCACAGUCAGUCAGCGGAGCACCAGCUGAGGUAACAAGCGUUGGGGUGAUGGCAUGGUCUUGGUCAGCGGCGGAACCAGAAAAAGCCACACCCAAGAUGGCCGCCGCAAUUAGAGUUCAGAGUUCAAUCAGCCAAGAGCUCAGUAUGUAAAUUUCAUGGAAAGACAGGAGGCUUCACUUUCUUUACUCAAACCUCCCAGCAACAAAGAAAUGGUUAACAUUGUAAAUAAAAAUCAACCAAUCACAGUACGAAUAUUGGUAACAACGUGUAAUGAAGCUCCUCCCACUUCCUCGUCGUUCCCAGGUGUGUAUUCUAAUUACACUGCUCUUAAAAGUUUAAAAUUAUUGCUUUUCACUUGAAUGUAUGCAUCUUUAAUGAUUUUAUUUACGUGGGCUUAAUUUACUGUUUUAUAUGAAGGUUUUUAUCCUUUGUAUCUCUGGGGAACCCUUGUCCAGCCAACUGCUGUAUGGCCUGUCCGAGGGACCUAUUAUCUCCUCACGCCUACUCCACUUAUUCUUAAUUGCCAGCGGUUUGUUUUUGUCCCGACACUCCAGCUACGGCAGACCGUGCUUACAGCUUUGCGGCAUACCCACUCGGGUUCCACCCUUUCACACCUUCUCACCACCCACUCUCCUCCCUCUUGUGAGGCGCCGGCGGACAUUUUAAACGACCCUUCAGUGUUUCCUGCCUUUUUCUCGUCUCACUCCCCUCAUAAUGGUCGUUUUUUUGUGUUGAUGCUCAGACAUUAUAACUUCACUACUUAAUCAAUUGUAAGGCAAGCCUCUCGAUCCCACAUAUGUUUAUUCAGGUUUUUGCUAGAGAUUCAUGACCCUCUUCUGCUUUUUAUUAUAGCUUCACCAGCCCAACCAUUUUGCUUUAGUUUUCCCUUGUCACUAACCCCACUCUUAAUUUAAAUGCUCAGCUGCCACUUUUAUUACAGCUAACCGCUAACAUUCUACACCAGACCCAUAAUGCAUCGCACCAUGAAAACGGGAAAAAAAAAAACUGAAAACGAUCACACAUAGGGCUUCUAAAUAAACAAAAAAGCAGAUUUAUUGUAAGCAAACGUGCAUUUGCAUAUAAUCAAUCUUUCAGUACAACUACCAUGACAUAUUAAGGAAAGUUUCAGAAUUGGACUGAAAUUGUGAAUGUAUGCUGUUGCACAGCUGUAAAAAUUUUGAAGUAACGAGUGUGUUCUUCACUUUGGCUGUAAACUCUAUGAUGUCAGCUUCACCGCACCAAUCAGCAUCUCCUCAAUGCAUCUUUAUAGGGAGCGUUCAGCGCCUCCAUGCAAAGUGUGGAGACGCUCAACGUAGGUGCAGCACUGGACUAGGAAGCAGCUCUAGUGGCUGUCUGAGUGACUGUCACUAGAGAUGUGCGGAGGCAGCAUUUACAGUGCUCAGCCUACAGGGACAGGCUAUAGCCACCACAAUCACUACAUAAAAAUUUAGUAGUUCUGGUGACUAUAGUGUCCCUUUUAAUAUGACGUCUUUCUCUCACAGGUCGACUUAGUUGCAUGUGUCUCAUUAGCCUCCCAACCCUCCAUCUGUCUUAUUGGCCCUCUGUGUCCUUACACCCCCUUCCUAACCCUCCAUGUAUCCCUAUAGUUCCUCCCCCCCAGCUCUCCUUGUACCUUGCUGUAGCGUGGCCGAGGAUCCUCUAUCACGGUCUGCCUGCUCAGCCACGCUACAUUCCUCUCAUGCGGUUACUCUGUAAUUGAGCCGUGUGGCCCGCAGGAAGGUGCGCACUAGGCGGCCGCGUACCGGACCGAUAGCAUGCCGGCUCACUGGGAAAUUUCCCGGUAUAUUUACUAAUAUUUGUACUGUGAUUGGUUGAUUUUAUUUCACACACUGUUAACCAUUUCUUUGCUGCUGGGAGGUUGGAGUAUAGAAAGUUGUGACGGACCCCCUGGCACCCUAACUGGAUGCCACCGCCAAUCGCUGCUUCCUAGCGGUCGCCGAGUACCAUAAGCACCGCACCGUAGCCGCCGCAGCUCGGCUGGGGUCUCGCCAUCCCUUCUCACCCUGGACCAAACUCCUGGAUCCAGCUCCCAGUGAGAAGACCUCUCCUCCAAAAAAGUAUAAAAUAGCAGUGUAGCUCUUACAAGAGCUAGUGAUUAUAGCAAUCCAAAGAACAAUCCCAAGAGUAGGGAUUAUAGCUGGUAUAGCUUUCCCCUACAAACACGAGAUGAGACUCUGUGUUGAGAGUAAACUGGAACUCGUUUAUUGGUAGCCACAACUGGCCUUAUAUGCAGGUUCCCAUGCAAGGUGCACUCCCUCCUGGACCUGAGAGUAGACUACAGUAAAAACAUGCAAACAAUUGUUCUCAGGUCCAAGACACUCCCACAUAAAACAAGAUAAUCCCUUCUCUGUGCCUGGGAGAUAAUUGAGUCAGACAUUAUUUCUCCAGGCACAGAAAACAAACAUUUUUACAAAACACCCAAAAUAUCUUUAACCCCUUAAGGACCAAACUUCUGGAAUAAAAGGGAAUCAUGACAUUUCACACGUCAUGUGUCCUUAAGGGGGUUAAACACACAAACCCCCCACAUAUCCAAAAAUCACCCAGAUCGGUUCAGGGGUUCGGGAAUUUUCUGGAAGUCAAUUUGAUGAUCAUAAGCCUAUGCCCAAAACAGUUCCAAAGAAUCAGGGCUUGCGGUCGAUCUAGUUUGGUAGUUUAAAAACCGAACAUAGUCAAUGUUCACCUUGUUUGUGGCAAAGUUUCCACCGAACAGUGCCCUUUUAAGUUGUGUAGAACCGAACAAAGGUGAUCCUGGAUGUCCAAUGGUGUUCGUGAGUUUCAGUGUCCGAAAACAGUUCCAUGAACUCUAUGACCAAACACUGCUGCCUGCGUUCGCGGGAACAAUAUAGCCGCCACCUUUUACUAUUAAAACCCCGAAUGGGUGAUGCGCCAGAACCCUCCAUAUCUGACAUUGUGGUGAUCUGAGCGACCUUUCUUUCCUACUUUUACUAUUCAGUUAAACACAGAAGAAUGGGGCAGUUUCCCAGAAAAUCUGAAUAUUUUCUAUGUUUCUGGCUUAUCAGAUGAGGGAAGAUCUCAGGAGACAUGGCAAACGGAACGAUUCCCUCACUACAUAGGACUCAGACAGCCCAACAAAUAGACGUAUAUUGUAACUGACCUUCCCUCCCCUUUCUGAACUCAUGUUACCAUGAACAACUGAUCGUUCUGCAUCUGAACUUUAGCUUCACCGGACUGACAGCUGACGCUCUCAGCCUAGCAUUAGCUCCUCACUUAGAAAAUACAUACCUUUCUACUCUUUUUCUCAAAGAGGAGUCAACGAUAGGCUGAGGGCGUUAACAGAUUCUCUCAGCCUAUCGGUGGCGGCCAGCUGAGGUUUCUUCAUUGAAAUCUCACACAUGCAGUAAAUGUCUAGAGGAAGAACAUCAACUCAAAGACUGGUAUUAAACUAUGUGUUACCGGUCUAACCUCUUCCUGUAACUCCUUGUACCAUAACAACUUAUGCUGAUGAAGUUGCUGUGAUGUCUGGAAGUGGUCCCUUAAAGCCUAUUCCCGGGUUGUAAUUAAGACGGGGGAAGACCUUACCAGGGGUUCCCGUGGUUGGCAGAGGUAUCUAGACGUGCCGUGCUGUAGAAGGACUGCUGUGAUGGUCUGUGAUGCCAAGAAGAAGGUAUGGAACCCAAGUGGGGGAUUCCUGUUCCCGAUACAUUGGGGUUGGUUAGCACAAGCUGGCCCUGAUUUUAGAUUCCUUUUUUUUUUUUUUUACUUCUGCUUCAGUUUUAAGUAAACUUUAUUUUCAUUGCUGGAUGUGUCGAUUUUGCGUGUUUUCUCGUAUUAUAAAUUAGGUACACAGUUUUUCAAAUCUUUUUGCAGAAGUUUUUGUUUGUAAUUUGUGUUCGAAUCACACGCGGUCUUAUUAAUGGAUGUUAUGUAUAAAAUAAAAUCAUUACUAUUUGGAAAACAAAAAUCUUAUAUAAGGCAAUGAGUGGAAGGGUUAUAUUGAAAUAAACACCUUUAAUAUACUUAUUAUUAUACGGAACACAUUUCUACACCCUUUGCGUUGUUUAUUUUCCAGAUUUAGGAAUGCAUUUGUUUCGUGGCUUUUUGGCUAAAAUGUGAAAGUUCCUAUUGCUUUCUGGAUCACAGCUGACAUAAUAUCCAGUAAGAAGAUCCGCUGGACCCGUCUGGAUUGCCAAAACUAAAAUAAAAGCAAUUUUCUAUUUACCCAUCGGUGCAAUGAAACUUACUGUUUGGUUCUGCAGACUAGGUACAACCUUCUGGCAGCUCCAUAAACCCACGUAUUCUGCACUUUACACCAGCUCCAUCUUACAUUCAGACAUACAGCAGGAGUGAUUGCUUUUAUAGUAAGUUAUUUAACAGGAUUAGUCAAUUAGAAUGGAGUCAUCAGCUGACAUUUUGCUCCUUUUGACUUCAGACGCACUCUCCGACUUUGAGUGCUUGUUUCCACCACGUCCUGUUAGAGUCGCAGACCUUUUCAACUGGUUUGUAUUUUCUCUAUUCGCAUGAGAUGCCUUUGGACUGGUGGCUUCUGGACGCUUUACCU